AGGUGGCUGAUGAUAUGUGGGUGCCGCUGGAGAGGUGGCUUGGAAAGAAGCCUCCAGUGGACAUGCUUCGAGUGUUCGGAUGCAUGGCAGUGGCGCAUGUCCCUAAACCGUACAGGACAAAGCUUGGAGCAUCUGCACUUUGGUGUGUGCACCUUGGGCUUGCGGCAGAGAGCAAGGGGUGGCUACUCUGGGAGCCCUCAAAGAAUGUGCUGUUUGAUAGUCGGGAUGUCAAAUUUGUGGAGAACAUCAUGUAUGGCAAGUGGGAGAAGCAGCCGGAGGCAAGGGUCACCCAGCAGCUGGAAGAGAUCACUAUGCACUUCGAUCUGUCCGAACCUGAGGACAGCGAAGUCACUGCGCCAACGGCAAGCGGUACUGAUGAAGGAAGCAAUGAGGAUAUUGCAGCUGAUGCUGAAGUCAAGGAUCCGGAGCAGCAGCAGCAAGAGGCUUCCAAAACACCAAGUCUGCCAAAGCGAAGGAAACAGAUUGGUGGGGGGACAAAGGAUUGGGUGAAGGUGAAAGAAUGGGUAAAUCCAACCAUCUACCCUGCACGUACCAGAAUGGCAAUGAGAAAGCUGUGAGCUCCACAAGUGGAGGAGCCACAACUG